GGAUACAAUUUCAUGAUCUGCACUCUUAUUUCACAAACAUAAUAUACAAACUCUCUUUAGGCCAGGAAAAGGUGAUGGGGUAGAGCUUUCUUUACAAGAGUGCAGUACUUGUAAAGAUACAACAAGGAGGUUGGGCUGUUGUAUCCUGGGGGCGGCGUGACCAUAAAAAUCUGCUGCACCAGUGGCACGAAACGUCCUAAAGAGAGUGAUUGAUCCACGCCUCAGCUCAAGCUCCUCAUAUUUUUGGUGACAUCUUUCUACUUUUCAUCUUCAUCUUUAAUUAAUUAUUUUUUACUAUUCUUUUGUCUAUUUUCUUUUCUAUUUAUUUUUUACGAGGAACAACAAUUUUAGGACGUUUCGAAAGAAAAAUUCUUUAAAAAAAAAUGAGUUUACCUCGUGAAAAACCUGUUAAGCUCGCUAAUGAUCUUAACAUGCCUUUUCGUUUUAACGGUGAGCAUUUCAAAAGAUGGAAAGGAAAAGUUUUAUAUUAUCUUAUUUUGUUAAAUUUGGCAUAUGUCCUCAAUGAGGAAAAUCCUAUUAAUUUGUCAACCGAAGGUAUGAGUUCUUAGAUCCUAAUAUGAUUAUUAGCACAUGCUUGAAUGGUAGACUAUUUAUUUUAAUGGCAUGUGAAUAAAAAAAAAAAAAAUAGUGUUAACCCGAUCACUUUCAUAUGUUGCUCUUGCAAAUGAAUAUAGAUAUUUUUAUCAU